AUGACUUUGGGACGGCGCACAUUUUUCCCAUCAUCACUAUCAUCGUCCUCGCGGACUCGUCACAUCCACCUGCAACAACCACCACCACGGCAAAAGCCCAUACCAGUUUUCAAAUUCCCAAAGCUCCUCCACAAACGCUUAUACUCGUUUUCUCCGCAAGCCGAUUCAAAAUCCAGCUACCUCAACCGACGUAUUGACUCAUUCCUCUUCGGAAAUUUCCUGGAUACAAAAACCCUUCUCCCCACCCACGCAUUCAUCGUCGGCGCCACCGGCAACGCGCGCAACAAAUUCAUAGCCUCUUACGCCUCCGUCGGCCGCCCCUAUUGCUUCAGCAAGGUCUUCGACUCACUCCAUGUCAGGGACGCUUUCCUCUGGAACUCCAUCAUCAAAGCCCAGUUUUCCAACGGGGGCUAUGCUGGGACUGUCGAGCUUUUCUCCAGGAUUAAGCGCGCCGGGAAUUUGCCCGAUCAGUUUAGCUUCCCAAUGGUUGUCUCGGCCUGCGCCGAGCUCGGGUCCAUGGACACCGGCAUGGCCGUUCAUGGGUUGGUCUCUAAAGCGAACCUUUUUGUUGGGAACUCAGCCGGUGGGGCCUUGUUUGUGUACAUGUAUGCGAAAUGUGGGUCUGUAGAGAACGCCUCGUUAUUGUUCGACGAAAUUCCCCUGAAGGACGUGGUUGCUUGGACUGCGCUUGUGAUUGGUUACGUUCAGAAUGGCGAGAGCGAGAAGGGCUUGCUGUGUCUGAAAGAGAUGCAUAGGAUCGGUGGGGAUGACACCGAGAGGCUGAAUUCCCGGACUUUCGAAGGGGGUUUUCGAGCUUGUGCUGAAUCGAGUGACUUGACAGCUGGCAGUGCUGAGGAUGUGAAAGUUUCGUUUGAUGAGGUCGUGGAGAAGGAUCUUUACUCGUGGACCUCGAUUAUCGUCAACUAUGCCAGGCUUGGGCGAUUUUGUAAAUGUUUUGAAAUGUUUAAUAGGAUGCAGGCUGAUGGGGUCCACCCGGACGGGAUGGGAAAACGCUCCAUGGGUAUAUCUUGCGGAGCAAUUACGGUUUUAACCAGAUUGUUUGGCCUCGUGAAUAUUUCCGGGAAGAUCUUUUUUGCUGGUGGGCAUGAUCAAGAGAAAGAAUCUUGGAAUAUCAUGGUAGUUGGCUAUCAGAAAGCCGGAUUAGAGGUUGACUGCAUAAAUUUGUUCAAAGAAAUGCAGUUUCGGGGAAUAGAAUCAGAUUCGAGCAGCUUAAUGUCUCUGAUUUUCUCCUGUUCGAGAUUGGGAUCGAUUCCUUUUGGCCAAUCUGUGAAUUGUCAUAUCAUAAAGCAGCAGCGUUCGUUUGAGAACGUCUCAGUUGUAAAUUCACUUAUGAACAUGUACGUCGCUUACGCCGAGAACGGGAAAUUUUUCGAAGCUAUCACUUUUUUCGACAAAAUGAUUUCACAAGGAUUAAAGCCUAACUUAGUGACCGUUAUAACCUUGUUAUCCGCAUGUGCUCGGUUUGCCUCUCUAGUUGGCAUGUGCGAAAUGUGGAGAAAUCGACACGGCGAGAGAAAUUUACAACUCCAUGACCGAAAAAGAUGCCGUGUCUUGGAACGUGAUGAUUUUCGGUUAUGGGGCCCACUGGGAAGAAUAGAAUCAGUAAUCGAGAUUUUCCGGCAGAUGGAAGAAAACGGAACCGAGCCACCAAACAGGCUCUCUUUCCUCGCGGUUCUCUCAGCUUGCGCUCAUUCUGGAUUGGUCGAGGAAGGUAAGUCUCUGUUCGAUAGAAUGAUGAGAUAUUGUUCUCUUGUGCCCACGUUGAAGCACUAUGCUUGUAUGGUGGAUCUUUAUGAGAUAUUGUUCUCUUGUGCCCACGUUGAAGCAUUAUGCUUGUAUGGUGGAUCUUUAUGGACGAGCGGGCUGUCUUGA